AUACAGAGCGUACGCGCCGCGGUCGGUGUGUGUUGCUGCACUAUUUGACAGCUCGUCUGUUCUGUUCCUGCGCAUUACCAUUACAGACCGUCUUGCACCGACAUUAGGAGGACACGUUUUCUCUUGCGUUGACUCUAAAUGGAUUGUUUUAUUUAGCACCCUGAAGAUUGACCAAAGGGAGGCCAUGUAACGAUCAACUCCGGUGUAAUCGCAGAAGAUGCUUGGACCUGAAGAUUGGUGUUGGGAUGACGAAGGCAUGAUGUAGUAAUGGAUCUGGUGAUCUGAAGCUAGCGUUAACGACGAUCACCGUGCUGUCUUGGUGUUACAUUCAAUCGCCUUCGUGAGUCAAGAUUUUCCACCCUUCGUUAAAAUGAGACUAAAGUGAUCAGCGAUUAGGGAGACGAUGACUUUCCAGGAUGUCAGCUGGCUGGUUCAGGUGGCGCUCUUCUGCGCCUCACUGUUGGUCGUGCUAGCCUGGCUUGUUCAGUUCUCACUGACCUUGGUUCGACCUAGGUGGCGCACCAAAGUCCCGGGUAAGAGGGAGACCCCCUGGCAGUUGCCCCUGAGUCUCACCCACCAGACCCUGACGGGUGGCGUGUGGGGUUCCCUCCUAAGGCUGAGGCUUGGUCGAGAUGGGGCGGGAAGUGACACCGAGGUGGGUGUCAAAGGUCUUUUGUCUUCGCUCUUUGCGUUCAAGUCUUUCAGGGAGCACUGGCAGAGAGCCUGGGUGCGAGCGCUCAACGAACAGGCCUGCAGGCAAGGGAGCUCCAUUCAAAUCACCUUUGAUGACAACCUUCAACUCCCAACAUCAGCAUCCAUUGACCAUGUGACUUGUACAAACCAGUCAACACACAGCAUGGUCCUACAGUGCAAUUGUUCGCUUGACACCGUAACGUUCCCAGUGACUGUCACUCAGCAGUCACCUGCAACUGUUUCCAUGGAUACCUACCAGAUCACGAUGGAGCCCAUGGAGGCUCAGCUGCAGGUCUGUCUUGAGGAAGUGGAGGAAGAGGGUCUCCUUGUGUCCUGGACUUUUUCCAAGCAGCCUCAGCUUUCAAUAACCGUGACGCCACGCCAAAGAGUCCAGAAAGAGGGCUCUGACGGAACGGUGGACAGUGAUAUGAUUGCCGCGCUGGUGGAAGAUACACUGUACACAACACACCCUGCGAUGAUCCUCAACCUGAGAGCCUGUGUAUCAAGUCCAGCGUUUCCCAGGGAGAAGCAGCUCGGUGGUCUGAAUUUUCUGUCUCCAAACUCGCUUGUCAGAAGUAUCAUGGUACAUCAACUCAGAGCAAACAAUGUCAAGAAAGGAUGUCAGACUCAUGCAGGAGAGCUUUGUUGUGUUCUGAGUCUGGACACUCCCUCCAUUGAACAGAGAACAGGCUUCCUUACUCCUUCCUCUAGUACUGGAGCAGUCCUGAACUGGACUGAUGAUAUUACACUGGAAUUAGCACCAGACACCAAAGAACUCAAAGUGAGGCUUGUGGAGAAAAACAGCAAGGGAGAGCAGUUUUUGCCUGGUCAUGCUUCCUUACCACUGGAUCUCUCUAAAAAAAUACCCAACGGACAACACAAGCUGUCUAUUACUCCAGGUCACGGUUUGGCUCCAACUGCUGUGGUAACAUUAGAGCUGUUGUGUUUGGAGUUGAGUGAUUUGCGUUAUAGUCAGAACGCCACGCCUCUGCGUUCCUCGGUCACACCCUCAAAGAAGGUGGAUGUGGACCGCACCAUCAUGCCCGAUGGCACAAUUGUGACCACUGUGACCACCAUCCAAUCACGGCUAAAAGUGGACCGCAAACUAGGAGACUCUCCGUCUCUGUCUCCAUCAAAGGUGGAAGUGACAGAAAAGGCUCCCACCGUGCUCACUAACUCCAGUGCCAGUCCUACCCCCAGCACAGAAGGCACACUCCCCAAUGGGCUGGAUCCCGUAGCAGAAACAGCCAUUCGGCAACUAAUCGAGUCGGCCAGUAAGGUUCCCAAGAAGACGCCUACUAAACGCAGCACUCUCAUCAUAUCCGGGGUAUCAAAGGUGCCCAUUACAGAGGAUGACUCAGCCGUGUCAGUGGGAUAUGCUGCAGCCAUGGACGCAGCCCUACAGGGGGCGCAGUCUCCCAGCGGAAACCCGAACAACCACGGAGCUGGCCCGCAUCAGGAGGCAGAAGAAACCACACCGUCUGAUGUGUCAGAACGGCCCUCUGUGGAUGAUGCGGAGUCAGAGACGGGGUCAACCGGAGCGCUCGAGACACGCAGCCUCAAAGACCACAAAGUGGGAUUCCUCCGUAGUGGCACCAAGUUACUUUUCCGCAGAAAGCACAGAGAGAAAGACCCCAGUUUUAGUCAAUCCCAUGAAGAUGUGUCCAACCUGGGCAAUGACUCUCCCACAGCAUCUUGCUCCUCCACCAGCCGUAAGAAGUCUGGAAGCUUCUCUCGUCGCCUCAUCAAACGCUUUUCGUUUCGCUCAUCCAAGACAAAGGGCAAAUCUACCACAGCCAAUGGAGGAGCCAACACUACAGACAAAUAAAGGAGAAACAAAAAAUACUAAAAGGGAAAAAGAGAUGGUGCAGGCACCAGUCAAAUUAAAGUGGAAUAGGAGUUAUUUAUGUUAUGUUUAUACUUAUUCUCCACUCUCCAUUCGGUCUAGAAUGAAAACAUACUUCAGACCACAUUGUCCCAAGACAAAUGUGCUUUGAUGUUUCUAUGCCUGGAACGACAUCCCCCAUCUAUGCUUUUAAGGAUGGAAAACUCCGCAAAAUGUGAACAUUGAAAAGGUAAUUGAAAAGGCAAUUCAUGAUUGUCGUGCUGACUGAUUUGAUAAAAGGCUGCUUUGUGGAUGGAUUAAGGGCGGACAAACCCGAGAAACCUAAAAUGGACGGGGGUGUCAUGCGGUUAUUGAGCACAAGGGGGCGACAGAGAUCAAUUACUAUUGAUGCCCUCAACCCUGUUGCUAUCUGUUUUCUUAUUUAUGUCGUUUUAUCAGUUGCACUUUGGAUCUUAAUCGGAUUGUUUACAACGCCGGGGGAAGAUUUUCGUCGUUUUUCUCAUGUUUGUGUAUCGUUCACUGUUAUCAGCAGCACUGACUUAUUUCUCCGGAGAACGUUAGGAGUGUUGCGACGGUCUGAUACAGACAUGCUGUGAGCUUUGUUCUCGUUUCGCUUUUGCAGUAAGAUGAAGACGAGAUAUGUUUUCAAGUAGUAGUAAGUUUGACUUUAAUUGUGGCUUAUGGCUGGAAUACACUACAAGACCUUUAAACUGGCACAGACUUUCUGCAUCAAGUCCAGACUGAAAAUCUGGGCAAAAUCUGAGCAAAUGUCUUGUAGUGUAUUUUAGCCUUUAAUAAUUUUUAUAAUGACGUUUCUAUAUGUUUAAGACAAAAGGAAACGGUUGUAAGUAUAGGCAUAUCUCAUUAAAUUGCGUUUGUGUAUUUUGGUUGUAACAUAGAACCCUUACGACAAAAGGAAAACAUUACAAGAACACUACAUUUGUGUAUAUUUAAAAAAGAAUCCAACAAAUAUUGUAAAUCUAGUUCUUGAAGCACUUCAGGCUUGCAGUGGAAAGUGCUAUUUUCAGGGUCCACGUGAAAACAAACCUCAGGGGACAUUGUAAAAGGUGAAAAAAUCACGUUAUUUUUUCAGAGGUGGUUUACUGAACAAAAUAAGCGUUUUCCCAGUAAUAUAAGGUUAAGUUACCACAUUAACAUGUUUUUCAUUUUGUUGCAAUAAACUGAUCAGUAGGAAUUCGUGAAUCAGCGUGUGCUUUAUUUGAAAUAGGAAAUUAUUGUAUUCGUCGUAAUGCCACAGAUGGGUUUUAUUAUAAUAUCGAGCUGGAUAUUUUACAGUUUUUGUUAAUGAUCGCUACGUUAAGGAAACUUACCUCCCCACCCCCUUACAAUGUUGUUUUAUCAAAUUUAUUUUAAGUAACUUAAGUAAUACGAGCUCUGAAAAAAAGACAAAUGGUUUUCAAGUUACCCCAGUCUAACUACUACAGUCUGCGUAACCCCUGGAAUAUAAAGCCUGAAUAAUGUUACAAUACUACCAUGAUGUUAUGAUAAAUAGAGUAAGCUAUAAUGAAGACUGUAGACCUUCCCAGCAAAUCAGAGCUUUGUAUUAUUGUGGUUUAUUUGAUGUUUAAUUUAUUCUGAAUAAAUUAUUUUUGAAAAUC